AUGGGUUGCGUAUACUCACGAUCCUGUAUCGGCGAGGUCUGCAUACCGAAAGACCUUAAAACUAAAAACCAAAACCGCCAAGAAAGCACACAAAAUGCAAGAGUCUUGACAGAUAUUCCAGUCUUCUCUCCUGCUGCUUCCUCAUCUUCAUCACUCGAAUCUGAAACACGUGACCAAAUCAACCGAUUAAACAACCACGACUUAGGCAUUACCAGACUCUCGCGUGUCUCCUCUCAGUUCCUCCCUCCUGAUGGAUCUAGAAUCGUCAAAAUCCCUUCAGCAAACUACGAAUUAAAAUAUUCAUAUCUUUCGCAGCGAGGAUACUAUCCUGAUGCCUUAGAUAAAGCCAAUCAGGAUAGUUUCUGCAUUCACACUCCGUUUGGUACAAGUUCAGAUGAUCAUUUCUUUGGUGUUUUUGAUGGACACGGUGAGUUCGGUGCUCAAUGUUCGCAGUUUGUUAAGCGAAAAUUGUGCGAAAAUCUGUUACGGAAUGGCAAGUUUCGUGUGGAUGCUGUUGAAGCUUGUCAUUCUGCGUUUUUGAGUACGAAUUCGCAGUUACACGCCGAUAGUUUAGAUGAUACUAUGAGUGGGACUACUGCUAUAACUGUUUUGGUUAGAGGGAGGACGAUUUAUGUGGCCAAUUCGGGUGAUUCUCGAGCUGUUAUAGCCGAGAAAAGAGGGGAUGAUAUUGUUGCAGUUGAUUUAUCCAUUGAUCAGACUCCGUUUCGAGUUGAUGAGCUUGAGAGAGUUAAACUAUGUGGAGCUAGAGUGCUUACAUUGGAUCAGAUUGAAGGGUUAAAAAAUCCUGAUGUUCAGUGUUGGGGAAAUGAAGAGGGUGAUGAUGGUGAUCCGCCGAGACUGUGGGUCCCGAAUGGGAUGUAUCCAGGGACAGCAUUUACUAGGAGUGUUGGAGAUUCGAUCGCUGAGAGUAUUGGUGUUGUGCCUAAUCCUGAGAUUGUUGUUCUGGAACUUGGACCUCAGCAUCCUUUUUUUGUGCUUGCUAGUGAUGGAGUUUUUGAGUUUUUGUCUAGUCAAACCGUGGUUGACAUGGUUGCAAAAUAUAAAGAUCCACGUGAUGCUUGUGCUGCAAUCGUGGCUGAAUCAUAUCGACUUUGGCUGCAAUAUGAAACUCGGACAGAUGAUAUCACGGUGAUCGUUGUUCAUAUUAAUGGUCUAGCCGAGAGUUCUGUUAGCCAAUCUACAAUAAGUUCGGGGGCUUUACGACCACCUGUUCCUCAAGUUGUUGAGGUAACAGGAUCAGAAUCUCCUGCAAACUUUAGUUGGAAUGCAAGGACCCAUCGUGUGAGGCAUGAUUUGUCACGGGCACGCCUCCGUGCCAUUGAGAGUUCACUUGAUAAUGGGCAGCUCUGGGUUCCUCCAUCUCCAGCCCAUAGGAAAACUUGGGAAGAAGAGGCACACAUUGAGAGAGCAUUGCAUGACCAUUUCCUCUUCCGAAAGCUUACUGAUUCUCAGUGUCAUGUUCUAUUGGAUUGCAUGCAAAGAGUUGAAGUUCAGCCGGGAGAAAUCAUUGUUAAACAGGGUGGUGAAGGUGAUUGCUUUUAUGUUGUUGGCAGUGGAGAAUUUGAGGUGUUGGCGACGCAGGAAGAGAAAGAUGGAGAGGUGCCUAGGGUUCUGCAGUGCUAUACAGCGGACAAGUUAUCAUCUUUUGGAGAGCUGGCGUUGAUGUACAAUAAGCCUCUCCAGGCCUCUGUUCGUGCUGUCACGAGUGGAACGCUGUGGGCUCUAAAAAGAGAGGAUUUUCGAGGAAUUCUGAUGUCGAAAUUUUCUAAUCUGUCAUCCCUGAAGUUGCUUCGUUCUGUGGAUUUGCUUUCUCGAUUGACAAUCUUGCAGCUUAGUCAUAUUGCAGAUUCUCUUUCUGAAGUUUCCUUCUCAAAUGGCCAAACCAUUGUUGAUGCGAAUGAGGAACUCUCUGGCUUACACAUCGUCCAAAAAGGAGAAGUGGCAAUUACUUUUGACGUGGACUUAUUAAGUUGUCCAAAUGUUGGAAGUCUGAAGUCUGAAAGUCAAAAGGAGGAUGAUUAUUUACACUUUGGUAACAAGGUCUCCUUAGAGAAGAAAGAGGGAAGCUAUUUCGGUGAAUGGGAACUUCUUGGUGAACAUUUUGAUUCUAUAAGCGCAGUUGCUGUUGGUGAAUGCAUAUGCUCUGUCUUGACAAAGGAGAAAUUUGAUUCAGUUGUUGGCCCUUUGGCAAAGCUUUCCAAGGGAGAUGAAAAGUCAAGGAGCUCUUCUUCGGAUUUUUCCAAGGAAUCUGCUGAAAUUACCAAUAUUGCAGCUCCUUUUAAAGUUCAGCUAUCUGAUCUGGAGUGGAGGCAUUCUUUAUAUUCCACUGACUACAGUGAGGUUGGGCUUGUAAAUUUGAGGGACUCAGAAAAUUUGCUUAGUUUGAAAAGGUUUUCGAAGCAGAAGAUCAAGAUUCUGGGAAAGGAGGAACAAGUUUUGAAAGAGAAAUAUAUUAUGAAGAGUGCGGGUACUUUGGCCUUUGUGCCUGAGAUUCUAUGUACUUCUGCAGAUAGAUCACAUGCUGCCAUAUUGCUAAAUGCAUUCCUUGCCUGCCCAUUGGCUUCAAUACUUCACACAGCACUUGAUGAACCAUCUGCACGGUUUUGUGCUGCCUCUGUUGUUAUUGCCUUGGAAGAUUUGCACAAGAAUGGCAUUCUCUACAGAGGGGUGUCUCCUGAGGUCUUAAUGUUGGACCGAACAGGAUAUAUACAGCUAGUAGACUUCAGGUUUGGAAAGAAGUUGUCUGGUGAAAGAACAUUUACAAUUUGUGGAAUGGCAGACUCUUUAGCUCCAGAGAUAGUUCAGGGGAAGGGGCAUGGUCUCCCUGCUGACUGGUUAGCUGCUAUUACUAGACGUAGGCAUGGGGAUUAUUGCAUGUGGGCAUUGGGAGUCUUGAUCUAUUUCAUGCUACAAGGUGAAAAGCCAUUUGGAUCAUGGAGAGAGAGUGAGCUUGAUAUAUAUGCAAAGAUUGUGAAACGACAGCUAAAUCUUCCUUCUAAUUUCAGCCCUGAAGCUAUUGAGCUCAUCACCCAGUUGCUUGAAGUUGAUGAAAGUUCAAGACUUGGAAACGUAGGACCUGACUCUAUAAAAAAUCAUCCAUGGUUUGAUGCUGUUGACUGGAAAGGGAUUAGAGAUAGAAGCCUUCCUGUUCCUUCUGAAAUAGCCUCUCGGGUUACCCAACAUUUGGAAAGUCGCUCUCAGGAAUGCACUGCUCCUCUAGCUUCUCCAUCUCAAGAUGUAGACGAUCUUAAUGUCCCUGAAUGGCUUGAUGAUUGGUAG